AUAAAAAAAACAGAAGAAGAAGAAGAAGAAGAAGGUUCUGGUUAGCUAGCUUAAACCGCUAACAUCAUCCCAGCAACUACAAACCUGUUAUGAGCAGUUCAUUGCUGGAGUUGCAAAGCGCAAACAGCCUUAUGGACUUCGUUCAUUUCUCCAUCCGAACCUGUUGACGGGACUGAUGGGACUCUGGACCCGAAGCUUCCGAACCCUCCUAGCAGCCAGGGAGGACUGUGGUAGACAAGAGGACCGAGUCGAGGAGGAGGAGGAGGAGGAGGGUCUGACCGCAGUUUGCAAAGUUCUGCGAUUUGCAGGACUGCAUUCAGAGACAUAAUGGACCGUGGUUCUGAUUCAGGGGUUUAAAGUUUUAUGAUACCUCGGCGUCGAACGUUUGGAAGCUUCGGUUCCGGUCCAUCACUAGCUUACAGCUAGCCGUCAGCAGCAGGUUCUGUGGAGACAUGGCUGUUUUCAACCCCAGCGAUCAUCGGAACAUGUCAAAUGUUCAGCACACAGUGCAGAUUAAAGAGGAAGCUCCUGAAGACCAGAGUCCUGGUGUGGACCAGCAGGACCCAGAGCCCCUCCACAUAAAGGAGGAAGAGGAGGAGCUCUGGGACAGUGUGGAGGAAGAGCAGCUCAACGUGAUCGUGGUGUUUCCUCUGAAGAGCGAGGAUGAUGAGGAGGAGGCACUGUCCUCACAGCUUCAUCAGCACCAAGUGGAAAACAGAGACGUUCCAACCAGCAGCUCAGCUGACCUGAUGACUGGAGAAGCUGAUGGAGGAGCAGAAACCUGCAGGAACUCAGGUCUAAACCCUCAUGGAGACACUUCCAGCUCCUCAGUGAAUGAAGUCAGUGAGGAUGAAGAAGAGGAUGAGGAUGGAGACAAUCAUGUGAAACCUUUAUCAGAGUCUGAAUCAACAAAUGAAGACAGUAAAAAAGACUGGAAGGAGAGCAGAGCUCCUGAGUCAGGUGGAAACAAACCGUUCAGCUGCUCUGAGUGUGGGAAACGAUUUGUCCACAAUCGCUCUCUUCAGCGACACCUGAGCUGUCACUCAGCAGGAAGCUGUUUGGGUCAUGGAGAGAAGAGACGUGUAGAGUCACACAGAAAAGAAGAAAGAGGAUUAAAACCAUUCAGUUGUGAUGAAUGUGAAAAAAGAUUUAACAGUAAUACGAAACUAAUUGUACACAUGAGAGUUCACACAGGAGAGAAACCAUUUAAUUGUGACGUUUGUGGACGAGGGUUCAGCCAAAAGGCACAUUUAAAUACUCACAUGAACGUUCACACAGGCGAGAAAGAAUUCGGUUGUGAUGUUUGUGGACAAAGAUUUAAUCGAAAAACAAAUUUAAACACGCACAUGAGAGUCCACUCCGAACAGAAACUGUUUCAGUGUGACGUCUGCGGACAAACAUUCAGACAAAAGACCAAUUUAAACGCACACAUGAGCAUCCACACGGGAGAGAAGCCGUUCGAGUGCGAGUUUUGUGCGCAAAGGUUUAGCCAAAAGGCGUAUUUGAACGUGCACAUCAGAGUCCACACAGGACAGAAACCGUUUGAAUGUGAGGUCUGCGGGCAGCGGUUUACGCAAAAAACAACUCUGAACUCUCACGCGAAGAUCCACACGGGACAGAAGUCGUUCGUCUGCGACGCUUGUGGACACAAAUUCAGACAAAGGAAAGAUUUGAACUCGCACAUACGCACCCACACGGGACAGAGACCCUUCGCUUGCGAGGUCUGUAAGAAAAGAUUCAGCCAAAAGACGACGCUGAACAGACACAUCAAAGUCCACACGGGACAGAAGGACUACGUCUGUGAGGGCUGCGGACGAAAGUUCAGCACCAAACAAAAUUUGAACACGCACAUGAGGAGCCACACGGGGAGAGGAGAUGGUUCAGCUGUGAAAUCUGAACCGAGUCCGACAGAAAACCAGGACUGAAGAGAAACUACAUGGUUGCAGGUUGUUGGGAAUAACCAGGUUUCUGUUUGUAAACCCACUUUUCUCCUGUUCUGGUGCUUUUUGAUUUUAGACUUUGUUCUUACAGGUCCAACACACAAACUGUAGUACUAAAAGAUCAAAUAUAUAAUCUAUGGCUACGUUCACACUGCAGGCAAAUCCAACCCAAAUCCGAUUUUUUUGACCCAUC